CGGCGUGUAUUUAUCUAGAGCAGCUAUGGGCAUAGUGUACAGUACAACUAGUACAGGACAACUGGACGCCGUUCCUUACCUACGUUAGCGCAACAGAAUUCAAUCAACUAUAAUUUUGACGUUUGGCAUGAUUUAUCUAUUGAUUAACAAAUACUAGAAAUUAUGUGUGCUUUGCCUACUAUCAUUGGUUCCGUGGCCGUUAACAAAUCAGUUUUACUAUGGAAAUUCGAGAAUUCGGCUCUCCCCAAAAUAAACAAGCAUCAAUUUCUGGGGUCACCAAAUUUAUUCAACGAUAAUUCUCGGUGGCAAUUUUCAUUGCUCAUCAAAGAAUUCGAUGGCAAUGAAUAUUUGACAUUGACAAUGAAACAUCAGGUAAUUGAUGGAAAAAAGGAAUUGAUUACUGUGGUAUCGCUACUGGACAAUCAGAAUCAAUCGCAUUUUUCUCGAAUGGUGACUAUACCAGUCAUUCAAACUUAUGUCGUUACUCUGGAUAAAUUUAUUAGUUACAAUGAUUUGAUAGACAAUCUGGACCAAUUUUCAACAGAUGAACAACUUAUAUUGCGUUUUGAAAUACUUUUAAAACCAAAUCUCUUGAUUAGUAACUUUAGGCCAAUGAAUUUUCUAAGCUCAUUCAAUGAUGAAAAGUUUAGUGAUAUUUGUUUUGUUAUUGGUGAUAAAAAAUUGUAUGCACACAAAGUUAUUUUGGCCAAUAGAAGUGAUGUAUUCUUGGAACUUUUCGAAAAGAAAGGAACGGAAAGUCAGACUAAUGAAGUUAACGUCGAUGACAUUACUUACGAAAUUUUUCAAGAAAUGCUCCGAUUUAUAUAUUAUGGAAAAGUCAAUGAUAUUGAAAAUAUCGCCGAGCAUCUUCUAGAGGCCGCUAGUAAAUAUGCAUUGACUGAUUUGGAGUAUAUUACCGCUGAAUAUCUUAUUGACCAUAUGACAGUUGAUAAUUUGUUUCAAUUACUCGAGUUAGGUGAUCGCCUUAACGUUUCGUCACUGAAACAGAAAGCAUUACAAUUUAGUGUCAUGCAUGGUGAACAUUUUCUCAAUAAUCCAGAGUUCACCAAAGCUACAGAUUUAAGCAAACAUUUGAUGUUAGAAAUAAUCCAAACUUUUGUUAUGCAGAGCUCUAGUAAUAUUCAAUGCAUGACUACAAUGGCUGAGAUGCGUGAAUGUCCUCCACUUUUUAUGUAUACUCUUCAUCAUACUAUGGUUGAUGUAUAAUGAGUAUUAAAUUUAUAAAUCACUAAUUUUAAUAUUCCGAACAAAUCAUGAUUUUUCAUCGUGACAAUGCAAUUUGUGUUAAUGAAAUUACACGACUAAUUGCUGUAUUGUAUCCCUACAGUGCCCUUUAUGUAUAUCUUUGCAUAAGUUACUUGUAUAAUAUACUCUGACUUGAAUAAAUUUAUUAAUGAUAUUUUUUAAAUAAAAA